AUGUUUCUUUUAAAUUUACCAAUUAAUAUUAAAGAACAAGCUGCUAUAGAACGACGUCGACAUCAAGAAAAAGAACGUUUAUCACGUAUUUUUAAUGAUAAAUAUCGAACAAUUGGUAUUGAUAAGAUAAGUCUUGAUGAACAAGUUGAAGAACGAAGACGUUUAAAAGAAUUAGAAAAACAACGAAAUAAUGCUUUUAAUCGUGAAAUGAUACGUAAUGAUUCAAAAUUAAUAGAUCAUGAACAAGAAGAACUUUCUCAGCAACGUCAAGAUGCACAAGAAUUAAAUGAAUACCGUCGUUUAUAUCAAAAACCUGAAGAUGCUAAAGAAUGGGAUUUAAAUAAUCCGAAUAGCUGGAAAUAUUUAACACCAUCACGAAUAAAUGAUGAUGAUGCUCGUUUAGGUCCAUCAUCAGGUCAAAUAUUUGCUGGUGAAGAUCUUCAAGGAUCUGUACGAAGAAAAGCUCAAAAAGAACAAUUGAAGAAAUAUUUUGAUACACAAAUAAUGAUUAAAACAAAAAAUGAUGAACAAGAGCGUCUGGCUAAUCUUCUAUAUGAUUAUAAACAAAUGGAAUUAAAUGAACGAAGUGAUUCAUUUGAACAAAGUGAAAAUGAUUGUCAUCGAGCAAUAGAAAUAGCAACACGAAAUUAUAAUGAAAUACUUGCUAAUGAAGCAAAGAUUCGGGAGAAUGAACGAAAAACACGAGAGACAGAAGAACGAUUAGCUGAAAUAGCUAAUACGGCAUUUAGUGAUAUGCUAACAGAAAAUUCAACGGAUAUACUUGAUUCUCGUUGUCAUAUUAUCGUUGACCGAUGGAAAGGAAUGACUAAAGAUCAAUUAGAUGAUAUUCGACGUCAACAAUUAGUACAAAUUGAUGAACGUCAAAAGAUUAACAAUACACAAAAAGAUUUCGAUAAAAUCUGGGAGCAAUAUGCAAAUGCAUUAGCUAAACAAGCUAUAAUAACUGAACAAAAAAUAGAAGAAAAUAAUCGACAAAUUCGUCAUCAUUUAGCUGAUGAAAAUAAAAAACUUGCUAAGCAACAAAAUGAAUAUCAAAAUUAUCUAAAUACAAUUCUAUAUCGUUCCACACCUACUGCUGCUUUUUACGAACAAUUUAAUACAACUAGUCGAUAG